CCGGGACGUCGGCGGACUGUGUGCCUGCGCUGAGGAAGGGUGCGUGUCCCCAGUGUCCGCUCCGGUCGCCCGGUUAGGAAUGCGCCUGAAGAUCCCGGUGUGUGCUGUGAUACUUGGUGAAAUGUCAGCGGAGAGCGCGGUUUUAUAAGAGUCAUGGUUUGGCAUCGUUUAUACCAUUAGUAUCUUAGUGUGCAAGUUUGAAUCAUUGAGCUAGCUGACGUUAGCCAGCUCCGUUGAUUCAUAGCACGCUAGGUUGCUAGCUUUGGUCUAUAGCAUACCUGCUAGCCGGCUAGCUAGCUAGUACGCUAGUUUGAGUGUGCUGCUGGCAUAUCCAGUCGAACAGGAGAGAACCAGACUGACUGCUGAACUCAGCCGGUAUUUCGGAAAGAGGAGGUGGUGGCAGGCGGGUGCCGGGAGAACGCGACGGGGUGGAAGUGAGUCAGGAGCGGCUGAUGAGUUCAGACCAGAGCGGAGAGCCGCCGCUGCUGCAGGAGGAGGCUGAUCCGGGACCGAAGACCGGUGGGAAGGACGAGGCUCCGCUGGGGAGCGAGGGAGGCUCAGGCGGCAUGGUCACGUCUAAAGGCGCCGGUUUGAACCCAAAUGCCAAGGUGUGGCAGGAGAUGCCUGUGGCCGCCAGCGAGGCGGUCACAAACAGCCCUCAUUGGCCGCCGUCAGACCUCAGUGAAGGUUAUUCUGAGCCUUCGUCUGCUGGGUGCAAGCAGUACACUGUGGGAUUCACAGCCCUCGAUGACAGCAGCUCCACAGCAACAGCUGAGAUAGCAGUAAAUGGAAUGGACCCUCCAGAGUUGGGCUUUUCCCCCGCUGAGUCCACCAAAGGGACCUCAGAUUCCAAAACUGAGGAACAGCCGAUCUCAACUGAGAAUCUGCGAGAGUCUCUGAAGAAGGAGCUGGAGUUUUAUUUCUCUCGAGAAAACCUGUCAAAAGACUUGUACCUAAUGUCCCAAAUGGACAGUGACCAGUUUGUCCCCAUUUGGACUAUAGCCAGCAUGGAGGGCAUCAAGGUCCUCACAACAGACAUGGACCUCAUCUUGGAUGUUCUAAGAUCUUCUCCAAUGGUACAGGUAGACGAUAAAGGAGAGAAAGUGCGUCCUAAUCACAAGCGGUGCAUUAUCAUCCUGAGGGAGGUCCCUGAAACCACCCCCGUGGAGGAAGUGGAGUCACUGUUCAAGAAUGACAACUGUCCAAAGGUGAUAAGUGUUGAGUUUGCACACAACAACAACUGGUACAUCACAUUCCAAUCAGACACAGACGCCCAGCAGGCGUAUAAAUACUUAAGAGAGGAAGUUAAAACAUUUCAGGGAAAACCCAUAAUGGCCAGAAUAAAGGCCAUCAACACAUUCUUUGCAAAGAAUGGUUACCGUAGCAUGGACAGCAGCCUGUAUGCCCCGCAGUCCCAGAGCCAGUCCCAGUACAGCUCUCCGCUCUACAUGCAGCACGUCUACCCUCAGCAGCAGUACCCGGUCUACGGCAUCGUACCCCCCACCUGGACGCCCUCACCCACACCCUACUUUGAAACCCCUCUGGCACCGUUUCCCAACAGUAGUUUUGUGAAUGGAUUUGGCUCUGCUGGACACUACAAAACCGGCUCCAGUUCCCUCAAUAUCACUCGCCCAUUCAACAGAAACCGUGUCCCCCUCUAUUCAAGAAAGAAUGUAAUUAAUGCCUUCAGAAACCAUGUGAAGCCCCAGGUGAGGACAAGUGAAGUGACCACAGCGUCCAUCACUCCCGUCCCCUUGGAGAGUUUGACUGGACUGCGCAGCCCACAGCCACCCGCCGCCGCCACUAACCCAGUCCAGACGACCUCUGACCUGAGCUCAGCUUUCUCUCAUCUCUCCUCAUCUUCUUCCUCCUUGGAUCCCAGCGAUGACACCAACAUGACUGGACGUGGAAGACGGAGCACAACUUAUAGAGGAACAAGAAGAAGGCGAGAAGAUGAACGAAUUGUGAGACCUGUACCGCUAGCAGAAGUCAAGGUUACACCAUCACCGCCAAAGUUUGACUUGGCUGCGUCUAAUUUCCCUCCCCUUCCUGGCUGUGUAGUCAGCACACAGGGAGAACCAGUGCUAGAAAACCGAAUGUCUGAUGUUGUACGCGGUUUGUACCGGGACAAGACGGAACAAGCUAAUAAAGAAACCACUGUGAGUUCAGGUUCAGGCCAGACUUCUGUCACAGAGGAGACUGUGACAGUGUCAAGUCCCGCCUUGGCAGCAGCAAAACCCUUGACCCAACCACUUGGAUCCUCAGCUCCUGGCAUCACUCGUCAAGAGAAGAGGGUUGAAAGACCUGAGGUUCCAGCUCCAAAAGUGGCCCCACGCACGCCUGUUCCACCCACGGUCAACCCUUCCUCCUCCACACAGUCUGUGCCUAGCCCCAGGCCUCAGUCCUCCGCUGUCGCUGCACCAGUGACACCCAGCACUCCGGCCACUGCUACAGCCACAAUCCCCACACCUGCACAGGAGCCUCGUAAGCUCAGCUACGCCGAGGUGUGCCAACGGCCGCCCAAGGACCCCCCUCCUGCAGCCCCCACCCCAGCGCCCUCCGCCUCCAUAUCAGGCCAGCCUUUACGUGAGCUGCGUGUGAACAAGGCUGAAGAGACGGGCUCCGGCAGCGGGCCCGGAGACAAGCAGGAGAAAGGCCACGACAGGGAGGGGGGCUGGGAAUGCAAGGAGAGCCGGUCCCCGCGUGAACGGGACUCUCAAGGCCACUACCGCAGCAACGGCCCCAGAGGCAGUGGGGGCCUCAAGUUCCGGGAGCAGAGGCGUCCCCCUCCGGCCCGACGCAGCUCCCCGCAGGGAGGCUACAGGCACACUGGCAAAGAGCAGAAUAUCCCACCAGUAUCGCCAAAGUAAAAACUUGAUAUGAAUAGAAAAAAGAUGUAUGAAUAUAUACAUGGAUAUAUAUAAUUAUAUAAAAAUAAUAACAUAAAAGCAACAACAUUAUGGUAGCCACCUUCCCCCCUGGAACUUGUCCAAAGAAAAGCUUUUAAAAUGACAAUAAGACCGGGACAACCAGGACUAAUGGGCAAAAUGACAUCAGAAGAACUUUGACGAAUGAUUUGAAAAGGAAACAAAAAUCGUGUUUUGGCCUCCAGCGUUAUGCUUACAAGAAUUCAAGUGCGAUUUAACUGGAGGUAAUUUCAUUUAUGCUCUGCUAGGGAGAGGUGGGAUGCUGGGCCAUGUAGGUGGCCCUCUACCUUUUUUUGAUUUUUAAACAAUAGAUGUUGGUCUGCAAAGAACAUAUGCACUAAGAAGAAAAGAACAUGCAUAUAUGUCAUGUACAUAUACAAAGAUAUCACUAACACGCAAUGAGACAUCAGUUGUUUUUUUUUUUUUCUUUUGUGCUUAGGUUUGCAAGUAUGACUGAAGGGUUGACUGAUGUCUGUGUCUGAAUUGAUUGUUAAGCAAACUGAUUGAAAUGCUCCAGUGUGCUGUUGCACUGUUGUAAUGAAAUGGAUGAUUUUUGAUUUUUACAUCAGAGAUUCAGAAUCGUCCUGAAAUUGGACAAUGUGGUCUUCUAAUGUAUAUUAAUGAAAUGUGUUCUAUGGUGGUAUUUUGAUCCUGGUUCAUGAUUUGGCUUAAUAUCAGAAGCUGUUGAUGUUCACCACAGUCAGAUGUGUGGUUUUGUUUGAAGCCGAACUCCACUUUGGGGUGCUCGCUGGCCUGUUAGCCACAGUGAACCUGCUAGCCUGGUCCAAAGUUUUUCAUGUUAAGUUUUUAUCUUUGGGUCAACCCACUCUGAUGGAUUCAGAACAUUUUCUUGUUGAUAAUCAGUCAGGUUCUCUGUUUACAUGUUUGUUUGACUCGUAGGGUGACAUUUCGCAGGAGAGGAGAAGACUAGGGUUAAUAGUGAGAUGUGACUGUUCAGUGAGAUUUGGCUGUUCUACAUCAACACAGGAUAUCCAGGGUUAAGCUUUUAUCUGUGAAUUCUUAACAAAAGCAUAGUGUCAAAAAUAGGCUGAAGAGUGCUGAUAGCUGAGGAUGAUAGCGACGUAACAUUUGGCAGUCAAGUCUUGGGUAUAAAGCAAAUUGGAAACAUUUUCACGUGCUAUGUGCCAGCUGCCUACGAUCAUAGUGUGAUAGGUUAAAGUUUUGAUUUUUAUUGACAAGGUCUGGUAAAUAAUGUAGUCUUGGGGGAUCUUUUGGCCCAGUGAAACUGGAUUUUGAAGAAGCUGUAGAGGUGUAGUUGCCUAUGCUAUAUUGUAAUAACCCUUCACUAGAAAUAUGUGUGGGAGAAUGUAAUUGUUCUAGUACUGAAUUUACAGAGGGAGGCUUUUACAGCAGGUAUCCACCAGAUUGUUUUGUGCUUUUUAGGGUGAGUUUGCUGUUAAUUUUCUUUUUCUUUCUUUUUUUUUUUUUUUUUUUUUAAUUUUUAUUUUGAAAGACAAACAGGUUGACCUAGAAGUUGCAGUUUGACUCACUGUAUGUAUUGCUUUUUAAAUUUAUUUAUUUUAAUUCUGAUGCACAACGCUUUUCUCCCAAUCUUGGUAGGCUGGUUUCCCCAAAGUUGUGUGAAAUCGCAUUGGCAAAAUAAAAUCACGCAUAUGACAUUUAUAUACUGUUUGAGAUUUGAGCUGAGAGAAAAUACUUGAUGCAUUGACUUUGGGUUUAGUAAUGCAGUAAAGGAGUAACCAAUCACUGGGGCUGUUUUUUUCUUUUUCAUUAAUGAGUAUGAGCAGCUAGUGAUUUAGUCUAAUUAAAUAAAUGCACUAACUUGUUUUUAAAAAGAAUCUUACUCAUGAGUAAAAUGUGAAAUCAUUUUAGAAGCAUAUGGUUGAUGUUGACAGGCUUGCAAAUACCUACAGGAAUUGCUUUUCCCCCUCCAUGUUUGGGUUAUUUUCUGUUAAUUUGGGAUGGGGUGGCAAAAGGAAAUAUAGUAAUGGAUCAACCAAGUGUUUGAGACACAAUCCUAGAACUGUAUGAAAUGUCACCAAAAAUAAAUUAUUUUGAUUUGGC